CCAAGAUGGCGGUGACAGCGGCGGCGCGGGCGAGGCGGCGGUUAGGGGAGUGAGUGGGCGGCAGCGCGAGCCCGAGCGCGCUCCCGAGAAGAGAGCCGAAGGUGGUGAGAUUUUUGAAAACUGUUUUGGAGACAAGAAGUUAAAAAUGGUUGUGUUAAAUAACUUGAAGGUAUUUCCAUACAAGUUGUUAUGGAAAAUGACACAGAAUCAGCGAUCUGUACCAGUGAGACCUUGCAGCUUGUAUACCUGCACAUACAAAACUAGGAAUCGGGCCAUACAUCCACUCUGGCAAAGCUUGGACGUAGUACCUGGAGGUGAUCGACAGUCACCAAUCAAUAUCCGAUGGAGAGACAGUAUUUAUGAUCCUUGCCUGAAACCCUUAAAAAUUCAUUAUGAUCCAAGUACAUGUCUUCAUCUCUGGAAUAAUGGGUAUUCUUUCCUAGUGGAAUUUGAGGAUUCUACAGAUAAAUCUGUGAUUAGGGGAGGACCUCUGGAAAACAAUUAUCGGUUAAAGCAGUUCCAUUUUCACUGGGGAGCAAUAAAUGACUGGGGUUCAGAACAUACUGUUGACAGUAAAUGUUAUCCAGCUGAGCUACAUUUAGUACAUUGGAAUGCAGUUAAAUAUAAAAGUUUUGAAGAUGCUGCAAUGGAAGAAAAUGGACUGGCUGUGAUAGGAGUAUUUUUGAAGCUAGGUGUACAUCAUAAAGAACUACAGAAAUUAGUAGAUGUCUUGCCAGCAAUCAAGCAUAAGGAUUCUCUUAUUGAAUUUGGAACAUUUGAUCCUGCCUGUCUUAUGCCAGCCUGCCCAGAUUUUUGGACCUAUUCAGGAUCUUUGACCACUCCACCACUUUCAGAAUCUGUCACUUGGAUCAUUAAGAAACAACCAAUUGAGGUUGAUCAUAAUCAGCUUGAGGAAUUUCGGAUGCUGCUUUUUACUUCUGCUGGAGAGAAAGAAAAGAGGAUGGUUGACAACUUUCGUCCACUUCAGCCACUGAUGAAUAGAACAGUUCGUUCUUCCUUUCAUCAUGACCAUAUAUUGAAUCUACAGAAGGGAGGCAAACAACAAACCCACCAUGUUACUCCAUAGAUAGCAAGAUUAUAUUUUAUUUCAGUAUGUGAUCUACUUCUGGGCUUUUGCCAUAAUUUUAAAGGGAUUUGGGAUUUGUUUUUAGGAAAUAUAUCUGAAUAUGUAUUACUUAUAUUUUAAAAGCUUAUUAGCAAUACACUUUUAGGGAGGAUUAAACAUGAAACAUUUAAUGCCAUUAAGUAUUUAAUGACAUUAAAUGUUUAAACAUUAAAUGUCACAGAAUAUUAACGUGCCUUCAACAGGUAUCUUGUCUGUAACUUGGUUAAACUUUCUCAGAAAAUUUUACUACUUUAUUUAGAUAAAAUUACUUUCAGAUUAAAAAGAAAAUAAAAGUACAUUCUCAACUAAGCAUAUAAAGGUCAUUUAAUCAACUUUAAAAACAUGAUAAAAGUUUGUAACUAUAAAAGAUCAAGCCUCAUAGAAAAAAAUGUGUAAGUUAUAGACUAAGUUGAUUUUUGCAUUGAGUAGAUAUGAAGUUGAAAGGGGAAAAGAUUGCAAUUUUAAUCAGAAUUGUAUGUCAUAUUAUUGUUAUUAAUUUAUGAUCAUGUAUAUUAGUUACUUUCCAUAGAGUAAAAAAAGCAGAGUUGGAAAACUGGUAUAAUGUCAUACAGUCUAUAUUUUGCAUCAGUGAUGAUCUGGGCAAAUCACAAUCUUUCCCAAUUAUAUAAUGAAAUGUUACAAUCUUUUGAUGAAAGAUGAAAAGCAUUUUAAACCUGGUUAAAUUAGGUGAUUUGCUAUGCAAUCCUUCAUACUCUAGACACUCAAAAUAAUAACUUAAAAUUUAAUUGCUAUUUUAGAAGUAUUUGAUAGUGUUUUGAUUUUUUUUCCACUUAAGUUUAUGUUAUGGG